UAAUAACAUAUAUUUUAUUUCUUAAAAUCAGUGUCAGAAAUUUUAAAUAAAGAAUCCCAAAAUUUUAUGUCACAUUAGCACAUUCAUUUAUAACGACAGAAUUUUAAAUGAUACUUUGAUGUUAUUUUAUUAAGUAUGGAGCAUCCAACGCUGUUGCCUAGAGAUGAGCAAUAUCCCUUGCUGAAGGUUGAUGGUGGAGCUGGGGACAGCGUCACAAGAACCCAACCAACUCCUUCCAUUGUAUCAUCAAGAUGGAAUGUCACUUGUGCGAAUGGCACUAAGCAAUCGUGGUGUAGUCGUUGGCCCGAAUUUGUAUCUGCUUGCUGGAUGACUAUCGUUCUGGUGGCAAUCUCGUUCUUGGUAUUCUACGCUUGGACGAUUAAUGUCUACCCAAGGCAGCCGGUUGUUAUUGUAAGAUGUAACGAAUCGAAGCCUGCUAGUGACGUUUUCUACCAUCAUAUCGUAUCACGUGAUUCUUACGUCCCCUUUUCUCUAUUUUCCGGAUAUCUCUCAUUUAUGGCAAGACAGUAUCCCCUUUUACGUUUUUAUGUUUAUUUUUUAAUUGACGAUUCGUUUGAAAAUCCAUUGGCUUCGAGGCAUUUAAAAUUCAUUAAAAGAUUGGUCCCACAACUACAUGAAAACUUUUUCAAGAGCCACGAAAGACGUGAGAUAAUAGAAUUUCAAGAAAAAUAUCAAAACGUUAACAUUAGCAUUUUGUAUUUGAGUCAGUAUAUGGCAAUGACACCUUUAAAAUAUAAGUGGAGAACAAUCGCUCUCAGCUACCUACCAUUUUAUGCAAGGAUAUUUGCCACAUGGCAAAAUGGUGGUAUAGGAUUAGAUCUGGUUGCAUUCAAUAAUCAGUUUAACAGCGAUCAGAAAAUAGAUCAUCGGAUUAACACGCUUUUAAGGCAACAUAACAAUGGAAUAGAGUCAGUUAAAUAUGCAGAUACUUUUAAAUCUUUAGAUAAUUUGGAAGAUAAUAAAUUAUUUUCUUCAUUACUUGAAGCAAUAAAUCAGAUGUUGAAUGAAACCUUCACAUUUUUCCAUACACCAAUUAGUCCUACAAUUGUUAUUGAAGAGAGUAAUUCAUUGAAGCCAAAGAAUAGGACAAAACGUUAUAGCAAUCCUGAAAGGAUCGAUUUAAAGUCUAAUAUUAAUAGUUCAAGUGCUUUAAAAAAGUCAUUUGAAAAUAAUUUCCUAAAUUCUUCAAAAGUAAAUGUACACACAGAAAUAGGUAAAGGCAAUAAAACUAUCGAAGCAGAGGGUAACAGUAAGUUGUCUAAUGAGAUUAAUGGAAUGUUAAAGAAUAAUUUUGAUGUUUUUUCAAAUGCAUCCAUGUUUCUUUAUGACUUACCUCAAGUGUAUCUGUUCUAUGAUUCCUCUGGAUAUUCAUUUAAUGAAGGACCUUCGCAUUAUGUGCCAAGAGCCUUACAGUCGGAAUCUUUUGCUAUGAAGAAACCUUUUUGGAAAAAGUCUGUGAGAAAGAAUGACAGAAAAUCUAACUAUUUAUCUAUCAGUCCUGAGGGAAAUUUCGUGGCUACAUCCUCUAAGCACCAUCCUUUUCUCUCCCAUCUAUUUUCCUCUGGAUGUCAAAGAAUGAACCCAGAAUACGCUAUUAAAGAUACACUUAUUAGUCAAUGUUCUGGAUACUCUAGAGACGAUGUAUAUUGCGACAAUAUUCGAGUUAUUUAUGAUGCCAUUUAGUAAUUUAAAAGUGUGAUGAAUUAUUUAUUUAUUAUUAUUUCUUUUGUUAAAAAUAUUCUAUUCUAAAUAUCUAUGUAUAAAAAUAGAAAUUAUCUCGUUAUUUUUAAAUACACCACAUACUUUUUGUGAGCUAAGAAUUUAAACAUUCGGCGGUGAAUUUUUGUUGCAAUUGAAUAAUGAACCAAUAAAAUAAUACUCCUUGCAA